GAAGUUCAGGGUGGAGGUGGUGAUGCACAAAAGCUCGCUUCCGACUUGGCGGGGAAGGCUACUUCAACGAGGCAAGAGGACGGUGACGUUGUUGCUGCGACGCUGACGUGGCAAUCAAUCAAGGCGGAAGGUGGGCGGACUUGAACGGGCAAAAGUGCGCAGAGCUGCGGACAUGCCGUUACCCGGGAGUUUGGCUCAGAAGGUCCAUCGGCAAGCCGCAGCCGCUGUAGGGCGUGUUUUGGCGGCAGAUGCUUCGAAGCAGAAUGGCGCCUCAAUCAAGCGGUUGGCCUUGGCGCCAUCGAAUGUCGCAAAGCGCGCCACAUUUGCACUCAUUUGCGAAACGUUGAAAUAUCUUGGAGUCAUAAAGGAGGUAUGGAACUCCUCAGAUAUCCUGAAGCGCAAUAAAAAGGUAAAGCCCGAGCUGGCGUAUGUUUUGUUGUACGACCUAUUAUUUGGUGAGGGUCUUUCUCCACAUGGCGAUGCUGAGAGGGUUAUCUUUGCAUGCAAAAGCACGCUCAAGGCGACCCUUGCUCGGUUAAUGGUGAAGCGACAGGUGGCGGAUGUCCGAGAUCUUCUGCCAGAGACAGCUAAGCAAACAGCUCCUACACUGCGACAUCUCCGUGUAAAUACAUUAAAAAUUUCGGUCGAUGAAGCGUUGACUCAGCUGCGUUCUCAUCCCAGCACUUGUGAGGUGAAACGGGAUGACCUGCUGCCUGAAGUCCUUGUGCUUCCCUCGGGCACAGAUGUACACAAUCAUCCAAUGGUGAAGAAAGGCUCCUUGAUCUUGCAGGGAAAAGCCAGCUGCCUUCCUGCGCGUUCGCUUCAGCCAGAUCCUUCAUGGACGGUUCUCGACGCAUGUGCUGCACCAGGAAACAAGACGACACACCUUGCAGCCAUGAUGAAUGGUAAAGGUUGUGUGAUGGCAUGUGAUGCAGAUGCCAGAAGGUUGAAGAGGCUCAAGGAGGCAGUGGAACUUGCAGGCGCCAAAAACGUCCGUGUGAUUCAUCAAGACUUUCUGAAGAUUGACAGGACAGAUCCAUCCUUCAAGAAGGGUUUCCCCGUUCUCAGCUCGUAACAAGUUGUCUAGGAAUACCUUUCUCGGACUUUUGGCUAAGUAAGA